AUGGCCCAUCUACGAAUCCAUCGCACAAUCGGCGUCAUUCUCAGCACUCUUGCAGUGUUACUCGCCAUCACAUACAUCGCCUCCCCAGCAACAGUCACAUUCUACUCCUCGACAGCCAUUGCGCUCAUGAAAAUGGCUUCAGGGUCGAAUCCCUUAGACGGCCUGGCACUCAGCCUCACCCAGACGAGCACAUCGCCACCCACAGUGCGCGUCACCGUCACAAACAGGAACUCGCAUCCCGUAACCAUAAUCGCCUACAACUCGCCGUUGGAUGCCAUCGCCUUACCUCUCGGUCUACUCACCAUCACGCCAGAAGGAGCAUCAGAGCCUGUCGAGUUGCAAAUCAUCAAAGCAUCGCGGAUCUGGCCGCCGAUGCCUGAUUCACUGAUUGGAUUGGAGUCGGGGGCCAGCGCGACAAAUGAUUUGGUGCUGAAGGAGCCGACUGUUCCCAUGGGAAAGCUGGGGAAGAAGGCGACGGUGUUUCUGGAGGGGAGUUGGAUGGGUGUGAUUGCGAGGUCAAAGGACAAGGUGUCGUCGGAGGAUUUGGAGCACCUCUCUUCUCAGCCUGAUGCGUUCAAGGGCGAUUUUAAGAGCGAGAGCAUCAAGAUUACGAUUGACUGA